AUGGCGGUUUCAUUAAGAGUAGCUCAAAUCGACAAAUUCUCGACUAUGGAACCAGCUGCUCUUAUACAUUCAUCUUCUUCUCUCACAAGAUUCUCAUUUCCUGCAAAAACCACUCUCCCUCUCGCUCGACUAAACUUCUUCUUACUUCUUCAACCUAAGAAGACUCUUCCGAUUCGUACCUCUGCCUCUCUUCGUCUUUCCCGACGAUCAUUUCAUCUUCUGACGAAGGCGACCGGCGAAAACCACCACCAUCAUCAUCACGAGCACGAUCGUGAUCAUCAUCAUCAUCAUCACCAUCACCAUCACCGACAUUGCUGUUCUGUUGAAGUCUCUGUAUCGAACAAUCCUCAGAAAGUGUUGAUAAAGUUCGCUAAAGCGAUCGGAUGGAUUCGAUUAGCCAAUUUCCUCAGAGAAAAUCUCCAUCUUUGCUGCUCCUCCGCCGUACUCUUCCUCGCUGCCGCCGCUUGCCCUUACUUGAUUCCUAAACAACCUUACAUUAAACCCCUUCAGAACACCUUCAUGAUCGUAGCUUUCCCUCUUGUUGGAAUAUCAGCAUCUCUUGACGCACUAAUGGAUAUAGCUGGAGGGAAAGUGAACAUCCAUGUUUUAAUGGCACUUGCAGCUUUUGCGUCUGUGUUUAUGGGAAAUGCUUUAGAAGGAGGAUUGCUUGUAGCCAUGUUCAAUCUUGCUCAUAUCGCUGAAGAGUUCUUCACUAGUAAGUCGAUGGUGGAUGUUAAAGAGUUAAAAGAGAGUAAUCCAGAUUCUGCACUGGUGAUUGACGUGGAUAAUCACAAUUCACCAAACUUCUUCGAUUUGUCAUACAAAAGCGUCCAUGUGGAAAAUGUACAAGUUGGAUCCUAUAUUUUGGUAGGAACUGGUGAGGUUGUGCCUGUGGAUUGCCAAGUUUAUCAAGGUAAUGCAACCAUAACAAUUGAGCACUUGACCGGGGAAGUGAAGCCAUUGGAAGCAAAAGCUGGAGAUAGAGUGCCUGGUGGUGCAAGAAAUUUGGAUGGCAGAAUAAUUGUUAAGGCUACAAAAGCAUGGAAUGAGUCAACACUUAAUAGGAUUCUACAGUUGACUGAAGAAGCAAACUCUAACAAACCUAAACUUCAGAGAUGGAUGGAUGAGUUUGGUGAGAUUUACAGCAAAGUGGUGGUUGUUUUAUCAGUUGCUAUUGCCUUCCUUGGUCCAGUUUUGUUCAAAUGGCCUUUUCUUGGCACCACAGCAUGUAGAGGAUCUAUAUACAGAGCUUUAGGACUUAUGGUGGCGGCUUCACCAUGUGCCUUAGCAGUUGCUCCAUUAGCAUAUGCUACUGCUAUUAGUUCAUGUGCAAGAAAGGGGAUAUUGCUAAAAGGUGGACAAGUACUAGAUGCUCUAGCUUCUUGUCACACUAUUGGCUUUGACAAAACCGGGACCUUAACCACCGGAGGCCUUACAUGCAAAGCUAUAGAACCCAUUUAUGGCCAUGAAACACGAAACAAUGCGAAUGUAACACCUUGUUGUAUGUCACAUUGUGAAAAAGAAGCUUUAGCCGUAGCAGCUGCUUUGGAGAAAGGUACCACACAUCCUAUUGGAAGAGCCAUGGUAGAUCAUAGUGUUGGAAAAGAUCUUCCUUCUGUUUCUGUUGAGUGCUUUGAGUAUUUUCAAGGAAGAGGACUUACUGCUACAGUUAACUGUAUUGAAGACAGUAAACUUCAGAAAGCGUCACUUGGUUCUGUAGAAUUCAUUACUUCACUCUUUGAAUCGCAAGACGAGUCAAGAAAGAUCAAGGAUGCUGUGAAUUCCUCUUUGUAUGGAAAUGACUUUGUUCAUGCCGUUCUUUCGCUUGAUCAAAAAGUAACAUUGAUUCACCUCGAAGAUCAGCCUCGUCCAGAAGUAACAAAAGUUAUAGAAGACCUUAACGUCAAGGGAAGACUCAGAGUAAUGAUGUUAACUGGUGAUCAUGAGUCAAGUGCUUGGAGAGUUGCAAAUGGUGUUGGUAUUGAUGAAGUUUAUUGUAACUUGAAACCAGAAGACAAACUGAAUCAUGUCAAAAACAUUACAAGAGAGUCAGGUGGAGGAUUUGUUAUGGUGGGAGAAGGUAUAAACGAUGGUCCAGCUUUAGCAGCUGCAACUGUUGGGAUUGUUCUUGCUCAACGUGCUAGUGCCACAGCUAUAGCUGUUGCUGAUGUCUUACUGCUUCGUGAUAACAUCACUGGUGUUCCUUUCUGUAUUGCUAAAUCCCACCAAACAACAUCACUGGUAAAGCAAAACGUGGCUAUUGCGUUAACCUCAAUAUUCUUAGCCGCACUUCCAUCGGUUCUUGGAUUUCUUCCUUUGUGGUUAACGGUGUUGUUACAUGAAGGCGGGACGCUUCUUGUUUGCCUUAACUCGAUACGCGGUUUAAACGAUCCAUCAUGGUCAUGGAAACAGGAUAUAGCUGAUGUGAUCAGCGAUUUCAACUCACGAAGAUCCAUCUCCCGCAACAAUUGUUUAACCACGGAGCAUGCACAUUAG